AUGAAACUAUACUUUGAAGCGGAGCAAUUCUUGAGUCCUUACAAGGGCAAAGGAUCAGGUGGGAGUUUACAAUCUCGUAUUUUUAAUGAGGCGAAGUUGGUUAACUCCCCAAAACAUAUUUAUGCAUUGGUUUAUUCCACUUUAAAGUACAAAGAGCACAUACAAACGAUUAUUCGUAAGUCUAAAAUAAAGCAGACACUCCAAACCAAGAAAUUAAAGAUCAGUGACAACUUGUUAUUCUUAGUUGUGCAUGACUUGUUGUUUUCUUCUAAAGGUAGGAUUCAACUGGGAAAACAUCCUAUUAAGGAUGCUAUCUUGCAGCAUAAGACUAGACUUCAAGCAGAGUAUACUAAACUCAAGUUAAAGUAUAAAGCGAAAUCGGCAGAAGAUUUACCAACUAACGUUUCAACUGAUGAUGAAACACCUAUCAGAUGGUUUCGUGUAAACACUAUCAAGACCACACCAGAGAAAUUUUUCAAAGACCAUCCAUUUUUUGCUAAAUUGGAGCCUGUCAGCUCAAUUGACAUUAAAGCACCAGGAUUUAUAUACACAGACGAUUAUAUUCCUAAUUUGUACGGUAUUCAUCCCAAAGAGAAAUUGACGUCUACCCCAGCAUACCUUAAGGGUGAAGUAAUCAUUCAAGACAGGGCCUCAUGUUUCCCUGCUCAUAUUCUUAAUGAUGAUCCCUCAGACAAGCAUGUCGAAAUUAUCGAUUCAUGUGCAGCUCCGGGGAACAAGACUACUCAUUGUGCGUCCUAUUUACCAAGAACUGAAGAUUCAGUAGUAUAUGCCUUUGAGCGGGACUCUAACCGUGUAAAGGUUCUUAAAACUAUGUGCGAAAAGGCCACUGGAACCAAAAAUAAGAACUUAAUUCAGAUAACGCACACUGAUUUUACAUCCACAAAUCCACAGGACUUUCCAAAUGUUACAGGCCUUGUAGUGGAUCCAUCAUGUAGUGGUUCAGGUAUAUUUGGACGUGCUAUUGAAGAUGCACAGCUGCAAGAACAGGAAAAGGAAGAAAUCGAUACUGAAAGACUUAACAGAUUGGCCGGGUUCCAAUUCAAGAUCAUGAAACAUGCCUUGCUGUUCCCAAAAGCCAGAAAGGUUGUUUAUUCAACAUGUUCAAUUCAUCCACAUGAAAAUGAAAGAGUGGUUGUUGAUUUAUUGAUGGACAAAGACAUCAAGGCAUCUGGAUGGCAAUUAGCCUCUAGAGAUGUCGUGAUUUCUGAGUGGCCCAAAAGAGGAUGGAAAGAAGAAUUUACUGCCAUUUGUGGGGGUAAUGAGGAGGAAUGCGAGGCGCUUGCAGGUGGUUGUGUUAGAGCAACACCAAAGGAAGAUGGAGGAAUAGGAUUCUUUGCAGCAUGCUUUGUUAAAAAUGAUAUAAAAAGUAGAAAGCCGGAUAAUAUGUUGCAAAAUAAUACCAAUGAUAUUGAUGAAGAAGCAGAAGAACAGGACGAAGAAUGGUCGGGAUUUGAUUAA